CGGCGGGCGGCGGCGUCCUCUUGCCAGCAGGGAGCGGGGCUGGAGGCGGGGCCUGGGCGCGGUGCGGCCUCCCUGCUCCGCGCUCCUCGGCGCUGCCCCGCGCUCCGCGCCCACAGGUGCGGCCCCGCGCGGGCUGCCGCUCCCGGGACCGAGGGUGAGGCUGUGCGUGGCUGGGCCAGAACCCCGGGGAGAGCCCGUGCAAGUGACGAGAAGCUGGACGCCGUGCUGGCUCCGUAAGAACCGAUGGAUUAUGGCAGGGAAAGUGAAGUGGGUCACGGACAUCGAGAAGUCAGUGCUGAUCAAUAACUUCGAAAAGAGAGGAUGGGUCCAGGUGACGGAGAGCGAGGACUGGAACUUUUACUGGAUGAGCGUGCAAACCAUCCGAAACGUCUUCAGCGUGGAAACUGGCUACCGGCUCUCAGACGACCAGAUAGUCAACCACUUUCCGAACCACUACGAGCUGACCCGGAAGGACCUGAUGGUGAAGAACAUUAAGAGAUACCGGAAGGAGCUGGAGAAGGAGGGGAGUCCCCUGGCAGAGAAGGACGAGAAUGGGAAAUACCUCUACCUGGACUUCGUCCCGGUCACCUACAUGCUGCCCGCCGACUACAACCUGUUCGUGGAGGAGUUCCGGAAGAGCCCGUCCAGCACGUGGAUCAUGAAGCCGUGCGGCAAGGCCCAGGGCAAGGGCAUCUUCCUCAUCAACAAGCUCUCGCAGAUCAAAAAGUGGUCCCGGGACAGCAAGACGUCCUCGUUUGUGUCCCAGUCCACGAAGGAAGCCUACGUGAUCUCCCUCUACAUCAGCAACCCGCUGCUGAUCGGCGGGAGGAAGUUCGACCUGCGCCUGUACGUCCUCGUGUCUACCUACCGCCCGCUGCGCUGCUACAUGUACAAGCUCGGGUUCUGCCGCUUCUGCACGGUCAAGUACACGCCCAGCACCAGCGAGCUGGACAACAUGUUUGUCCACCUCACCAACGUCGCCAUCCAGAAGCACGGGGAGGACUACAACCACAUCCACGGGGGCAAGUGGACAGUGAGCAACCUGCGGCUGUACCUGGAGAGCACCCGCGGCAAGGAGGUGACCGGCAAGCUGUUCGACGAGAUCCACUGGGUCAUCGUGCAGUCGCUGAAGGCCGUGGCGCCGGUGAUGAACAACGACAAGCACUGCUUCGAGUGCUACGGCUACGACAUCAUCAUCGACGACAGGCUGAAGCCCUGGCUGAUCGAGGUUAACGCGUCUCCGUCUCUCACCUCCAGCACCGCCAACGAUCGGAUCCUUAAGUAUAACCUGAUUAACGACACCCUCAACAUCGCGGUCCCCAACGGCGAAAUUCCGGACUGUAAAUGGAACAAGUCCCCGCCGAAGGAGGUUCUUGGCAAUUACGAAGUUCUGUACGACGAGGAGCUGGCGCAGGGCGACGGGGCCGAGCGCGAGCUGAGAAGUCGCUCGGGCCAGUCGCUGGGGCCCAGAGGGAUCCGGUCGAGAGACUCGGGGAGAUCCAUCCUCACGACCUGGAAGUGACCACGGUAAGGGCCAGACUCCAGCCUGGACCGGCGCUCACCAAAGACCUAUUUUGAAAUUUCCUUUUUCUAGAGCUUUCUUCCUUUCCUGAGCCCUGUAAAUACUAGUAAAUAAAGACAUUUCUUUGGAAGGUUAA